UGGAAUGCUAUGACAAUUCAACGCACUUUUUUGAACUUAAUACUUAAAUGCACCGAAAAUAUUUCGUUGAUUUGACCGAAAUUUAAUAAAGUAUUAGUCGUGAUGAGCGACGUUACAACACAAAAGAGUGACGCUGAUUCUUGGAGAAAACAGUUGCGUUCAAAAAAUUCCUCCCCAAGUCGAUCACUGAAAAGGGUGGCAGCCGCAAAAUAUGGAAAAUCUGUAACAGGAUUUUCUCUUGAUGCUUCGGCUGAUUUAGACACAAAUUAUAGAACUAUGAGAAAUUUAGAAAAUGAAUAUGUAAAAAGCCUACAGCAGCAAAUUUAUCUUUUGGAACUUGAAAACAACUAUAUUCGACACCAAGCUGCUGAAAUUAUGGACAAGCAACCACUUAUGGUUUCUGAGGCCUCCAACUCACUGAAAAAAAUCAAAGAAAUGAAAAAUCAAACGGAUGGAUUAAAACUUGAAAUUCAUCGUAAAGAAGCGCAUAUAGAUAUUCUACAGCAAAAGUUAAAUCGUUGUGAAGAGAAUAUUAGAGAAACUCUGUUAUUGCAUGACAAGGAGAAAGAUGAGUUAACACGUCAGUGCAUUACCCUUAGAGGAGAACGUGAAUUAGCCCUGAGAGAAAGUUAUCAAAAAGAUGAACAACUAAAAGGAUUAGAAUAUCAAUUAACCAAUCAAAAAUCAAAUAUAUGUGCUAUGGAAAUCCAGUUGGACAUACUCAGAGCUAAAUUAGAUGAUGAAACAAAGCGGGCCAAUGAAUUAGAAAGAUCACUUAUUGAUAGUCGUAAAGAAUUGUCUGAAUUCAAUACAAUUUUAAGACAUAUGGAAUCUCACUAUCAACAAGAAUUUAAUCGAUUAAAAUCAAGGCCACAAGAUGAAUUCAAGGAUAAAGUACGUCAUCUUGAACAGAAGCUAAGUUAUGCCUUUUUAAAAUCAGAAAAUGAUCAAUAUAUCAAAGAUAAACAAAUCGAUAGAAAUGAUUUACUCUUGAAGGAGAAUGUAUACUUAAGUAAUGAAUUAGAAAAGUUAAGAAAAAUGGCCGAAGAAUCUCAAUCAAUGUUUGAACGUAGUCAAUUAAAACAAACUGAAGAUAAUGCUGAAUUGAAUCGAUUGAAACAAAGAGAAAGUGAAUUAACACAUAUGAAUGCUUUAUUAAGACAAGAUUUACAACUGAAAUCAACAGAGAAUGAAAAACUUCAAAAACAACUUUUAUAUCAAGAAAAGACUUACGAUAAUUUAUUAUCAGGUAAAUUAAUACAACCAAAUAUAACUCAAGAAUUGGAAGCUUUAAAAACUGAACGUCAAUUGUUCGCAGAUCAUAUAAAGAAGAUUAAUGAAGAGAUUGCUGAACAACGUGUAAAAAUCGAUCGAUUGGAGAAAGAAAACUCUAAACCAACAAGUCAUACAGCACCAAACGAUACUUCUAAGCCUUGGCAAGCUAUAAUCAACAAUAAUACUAAUCCUGCCAAUACUAUUAACAAUACUACUGACGGUAAUAAAAGUAGUCAUAAUAAUAAUAAUAACAAUAACAACAGAAAUGCACAAUUACCGCUGAAUGAAGAAAACCUUUCCGCAGUCAAUAUCACUAAAGCCAAUAGUUCACCAUCAAGAUCAGUAGGACAUUUGAAACCAGUCGACGAAGAACUGAUUAAGGCAUUUCGUAAAAUUCGAACAUAAAAAUCCCCAGAAUAUGUUGUAACCUAAAGUCAUUCAUUAUAUGCAGUAAAGUGUCCAGAAAGCAUUUGCACAGUUGAAAAAUCAUAAAAAGCUAUCACGGAAUCUAGAAAACUGAUUUGUUUGUUUGUUUGUUUUUAUCAAUUCUCCAACAGAAGACAAUUUAUCAUGUAACCUGAAGGGUUAUGAAACAUAUUUUUUGUAUCAAAGCUACGAAACUAAACCUUCAUAAAAACACAGUGUGAAGGGGACAGUAUCAAAUUUUGCUGCACUAUUUGGUGUAUUCAUCACUAGUUUUCUAAACGUCUUCUUUUUUUCAAUGCUGUUAUUAUAUACUACUUUGAGAAAAGAGUAGAAAGAUAGUUGUGUUUUUUUAUUUUGUAUUUUCAAACAACGUUAUUCAAUAAGUGUAUACAUGUCAGUG